AUGGCUAUGGCACUGCCUGCUGCCUUUCUGUCUGAAGACCAGUUCACCUGCUCCAUCUGUCUGGAAGUGUUCACCAAUCCAGUGUCAACACCAUGCGGCCACAGUUUCUGCCAGGCCUGCAUCUCCUCCUACUGGGACGGAGGAGGAGGAAGCGCCAAGUUCUACCAGUGUCCCCUCUGCAAGGAGUCCUUCCGCAAGCGACCAGAGCUCCAUAUCAACCGAACCCUGAAGGAAAUCACUGAGCAGUUCAAGCAGAUGGCUGACGUUGGAGUUGCAAUUGAUGGAACAGGUGGCGGAGGAGUGGAAGAUCCCAACUCACAACCUCGUCAUCAACAUCACCCGGCCCUGUCUUCACCCCCGAGGCCAAGGGAGAUGCCGGAGAGUAUCUUUACUGAGAUGAUGACCCGUUUUCAGCGGCUGCCGACUGCCAGGAUGCCUCACACCACCUUUCCCCGUUCCAAUGACCCUCACCCUCAAAGCUCCAGUCGAAUCAAUGCUCAACUGUCCUUCCAGGCUCAGAACAAUGAGCACCAUGACCCGCCUCCACCCUACUCCCCUCCUCGCAGGUACAGUCUGAGCGGUCCCAGUGAUUCUUCUCCCAGCCUGCCUCUGUGUCCCAUCCACCUGAAAGGUCUGGAGUUCUUCUGCCGAUCUGAUAACAACUGCGUGUGCAGCAUCUGUGUGGAGACAGCAGAGCACCGAGGACACAACAUCAUCCCUGCCAAGAGAGAGUGGAACAUCAAGAAGUCCCAGUUAGGCAUUGCAGAGGUGGAGCUGAAGGAUCUCAUCUGUGAGAGAGAGAAGAAAGUGGAGGAAAUACAGAGCUCCUUACGGGACAUACAGGCUGCUGCUGAGAGAGAGACAGAUGGAGCUGUUUGUGAGUUUUCUAAGCUGAUCUCCAGUGUGGAGCGCUGCCAAGCUGAAGUCUUGGAGGUGAUAGAGAUGAGUCGUCGAGCGGCUGAGCACAGAGCGCAGAGCCUGCUGAGAGAGCUGGAGGUGGAAAUAGCUGAGCUUAAAAAGAGGAGCUCAGUACUGAGCCAGCUAGCUCUGUCAGAAGACUACAUAUUCUUUCUCAAGACGUUCUCUGCGCUUUCCACCCCUCCACAAGCAAAAGACUGGUCCAAUGUCUCUGUGUCAUCUGAGCUGACAUCAGGGUCGAUUCUCAGGACUGUCAGUCAAAUGAUGGUGCGCUUUCAGGAAGAGAUGCGGAAACUGCCAGAAGUUUGCCAGCGAUCCCCAUUGGACCAGUCAGUACCCAGGCCCAACCCAAAGGUAAGGAGGGUUCAAGAAUAUGCAGCCGACAUCACUUUAGACCCCAACACAGCCCACCCACGCCUCAUCAUCUCAGUGGAUGGGAAGCAGGUGUGCUGUGGUGACCGCCAUCAGUCGGUACCAGACAACCCAGAGCGCUUUGACCGGGUGGUGUGUGUGCUGGCCCACCAGGGCUUCAACUCAGGACGACAUUACUGGGAGGUGGAGGUGGGAGGAAAGACUGACUGGGACCUGGGAGUGGCAAGCCGGUCUGUCAAUCGGAAAGGGAAAAUUAGUGUAGGCCCCACCCACGGCUACUGGUUCCUCAGCCUGCGGGACAGAAACGAUUACGCCUUCCGAACAGAGCCCUCAACUAGCCUGACAGUCAACCUCAGACCCUCUCGGAUUGGAAUCUAUGUGGACUGUGACAAGGGGUUGGUGUCCUUCUACGAUGUAGAGGCCAGAAUGCUUAUCUAUACAUUCACAGAUAAUUUUCCUGACACCAUCCACCCAUUCUUCAGCCCCUGUACUAAUAAAUCAGGAAGAAAUGAGGCUCCAAUAAUCAUUUGCCCUGUUUCAAUGACAGAAUGAAAUGAGGAAUGCUUCCACAUGCUUCCAUGUAUGUUAGAAGAAGACUGAGAUUUACACAUAUACCUCUGGACAAGAUAUGAUCACAGCUGCACUGCCUUCUUUCAUUGCAAUAGAGUAGAUAGUAAGCAGGGUGUCAGUGAUGUGCCUGUUUUAUGGGCCAGUGUCCAUACGUUUAGACUGAAGUCAGCUGUAGCUAAUAUUUUUGUUUGGCUCCUUUUAUUGCUGAAAAAUUAGAAGUAUUCUGACACAGUAUAAUGACCCACAUGGAGCACAGGGACUCUCUCAGCUGAAACCCAGGGAAAUGGUAAAUGAACUGUACUUGUAUAGCGCCUUUCUAGUCUU